AUGGAGUACAAGAGCAACACUGGCUUUGUGACAUACCAAAGUUUUAAGCUCACUGGGAAACCCUACUGUUGGCCUGCUGGAUCAAUCGCUACUUUAACAGUGUUGAUUUAUCUCAUAACAGCGGCAUCCAUGUUUGCUACAUGGGUAGCCGUCAAGAUUACCAUAGAGAUGAUGGCUCAUAAAGCAAUAGUAAGACCAGAAGACACUGAAACAAAUGCAGCGUCCACCAAUUUUAGUUAUAAACUGACACCACUCCCCAGUGUUGUGAUAUUAUGUGCCCGAGUAAGCUUAAUAUCGCCCAUGGGCGCAUGUCAGUACGGUUUCAUGCGUCACUUGGCUAACCUCCUGUUUUCGGAGUUGUGUGUUGUAAUUCUACACGCCAACAAAAUCGUUGGAUCAGCCAAGUUCGUCAAAAAAGCUGUGGACUUUGAGUGUUCGAAAGUGGCAGAAUUUUUCACCAGGCCAACGAAGCUAGCAAUGUAUCAAUCGAAACGCUGCGCUUAUGUGGGGUCAUGCAUUGAGAACAAAUGCGACAGGCUUAAGCAAAAUGAAACGGCUCCGGAAUUGAGUCGCAGUGCAAAAUAUUCAGGCUACUCCGGCUGUAUGAAUAGUUGUGAAGGAUUUUCUGUGGAUGCUUCCUGCCGUUACCUAGCUGCUGUAUCUGACCAAACCUUUGAACUAACACAAUGUCCUUGUUGGACUACUAUCGUGAAAUUAGAUAUAGAAAUAACAAUCGCAAAUCAAACGGAAAAAGUUGAGCGAUCAUUUAUUCCAUAUAUGGCUAAUAACAGCGACAACUUGAAUGUUACAGUGAUAUCAAUUCAACGGACAAUGCACUACCUAGAAAACAAGCGCUUCACUUCGAAGGAUAAAGAAUACAUGUUGCCACCUAACUUCCAGCUUCCGGCCGCAUGUAGUACCGAAUACAAGCACUGCAGGAAUUCGCUACUUGUUCCAGCAGGAUUCAGUGCAGCUGUGAAAGUUCGCCUUACAGCUGCCAGUGUCCAGACGACGUUCCAUAAAAUUUGUGAAAACCCAUAA